AUGCAGGUCGUGCAAGGCGCAGUGACAACCACACGCCGCACGAUGAAGAUCGCAGGUGGGCUGUACGCAGAGCACCAGAGAUGUCUUGCCCUCUUCGCUCUGGCCUUUGCCUUCGCAUUCUUCGGUUGGCCCACGAACCUCUUGGAGGAUGCAGCCACGCACCGGAGGGUCCUAGCAGCACUCUUCAUCACCGGCAUCACGCUCGUGGCGCUGGAGGAUGUUCUGCGACUGGACAAAUCGGCGAUCAUGCUUGUCUUGGCUUCCGUGAUGUGGACAUACCAUGCGGCGGGCAUUCAUGCCAGAUCUGCAGAAGGACACGAGCUCCUCGAGGAGGAACUGAUGAAAGGACUCUUUGAGGUUGGCAGCGUCAUCUUGUUUCUGUUGCCUGCCAUGUGCGUGGUGGAGUCCAUCGAUCACAUGAAUGGCUUCGCAGUUGUCACGGCGUUCAUCGUUCGCCAGACGCAGGAGAAGGCCGGGCGGCUGAUGCCCAUCGUCUGCAUCAUCGCCUUCUUCCUGAGUUCGGUGAUCGACAAUCUCACCGCCACCAUCGUGUGCAUCAAAAUCCUGCAGCGGGUGGUGCCUCACAACCAGGACUGGCGCCACAGCUGCGGAGGCGUCGUCGUGGUGGCUGCAAACGCCGGAGGCGCUUGGAGUCCGAUCGGCGAUGUGACGACCACCAUGCUCUGGAUCCAACACAAAGUCUCCACCGCAGGAAUCGUCACGUGGACCUUCGUGCCCUCGAUGGUGGCUGGCUUCAUCCCUCUCUUCGGAAUCUGGUGGCAGGCCCGGCGGUGUGGCCCGAAGACGGAGGACUCGGGAGCACCCGAGCCGUGCGAAAUCGUGGCGCCCAGCCGAAACAGCAUCGUCGUGCUAGCCGUUGGCUUCGGCUGCAUUCUCAUGGUUCCGAUCGUGAAGAUGGUCACAGGCCUGCCGCCCUACCUGGGCAUGAUGAUGGCGCUGGGCACAUUCUGGCUCGUGACAGAGAUCUGCGACCUCGGCGCCGAAGUGGCCGCCAGGGAUUUGGAGGCGCCCGCGGACCCGGAGGGCCCAGCGCACCACUCCAGAAAGGGCGUGCCAGCGGCACUGCACAAGGUGGAUAUCAGCAGUUUGCUGUUUUUUACCGGAGUGCUGCUGGGUGUCGCGGUCCUCGAAGCCGCCCAGGUCUUGAGCCGCUACUCGAAGUUCAUGCGGGAAGUCACCAUGGACAAUGAACUCUUCCUUUCCGCCCUCCUCGGUGCCUCGUCGGCUGUAGUGGACAACGUGCCGCUGGUGCAGGCCUCCAUCGAAAUGUUCGAGGAGCCAAUGGACAAUCCACUGUGGCAGCUCGUCGCCUUGGGUGCUGGCACAGGUGGCUCCAUGCUUGCCGUUGGAAGCGUUGCAGGCGUGACCUUGAUGGGCCUGGAGGGCGUCGGAUUCCUCUGGUAUGCCAAGCGCAUUUCCCCUUGGGCUGCCCUUGGCUUCAUCCUUGGGUUGGGAACCUUCGCGUUGCAGCAGGCGAUCUUUGCAUAG